UAAAUGUCACCGCGGCGGCCGCCAACAGCAGCGUGAAAUACUGCCGCCGGGUGCACCUCGUUUACCUGAUCCGUACCGCGUUCUACCGCGCGAGAAAGCGACACGAGGAAGGUGGUGUGCGACGGAGGAAGAAGACAAGAAGAUUCACGCGUCCCACUCUUGCAGCGAGUUACCGUCAUCAUCAUCAUCAUCGCGGCUAUGUCGACCAAGCGAAAAAACGCGGGCGGCAAAGCAAAGAACCGCCCGAAGCAGCGCAAGGUAGAGUACGACGAGGAGGACAUCUCCAGCGACUCGGAGGUUGACGAUGCCGAGGCCGACUCCAACGCCGACGGCGAGGACGCCAUCGCCGAGGACGCGCUCGCGGAUGACUCGAGCAUACCCGAGCUGCCGGCUCCCGAGGGUGGCUGGGGCAAACCUGGAACAUUGCUCAUGUGUGGCCUUACUAAUUGGGAAAUGGCUGGUCGCAAGGCACCGCCUAAGGGAGUGAAAGCGAACGUAGGACGUAGCCUGUGGACGCCGCACACGUUUAAAAACUUGAAUGAUGCGAGAGUACGACUGAUUGCAUCCGGUCCUGCCGCAUCCCACAGCAUUAUUGUUACCGAAAAUAAUAGAUGCUUGGCUUUCGGUAGAAACGAUAAAGGUCAAUUGGGUGUCGGUGACACCAAUCGUCGCGACGAGCCCACUGAAGUCGAAGCCUUAAAGGGACACACGGUUAUAGGGGCGUCAUGCGGACGUAAUCAUACUUUAUUUUUAACGAGCCGUGGCAUAGUUUUUGCUGCCGGCGACAAUAAACUGGGCCAAUGCGGAGUCGGCAAAAACGACCCGUGUAUUGUGACCGCCACCAAAGUUAAGUAUUCCGGACCACCGAUAGUGAAAGUGGGAUGCGGCGCGGAAUUCUCGAUGAUCCUGGAUAUCAAGGGUGGCUUGCAUUCGUUCGGAUGUCCAGAAUACGGCGCUCUGGGUCAUAACACCGACGGCAAAUACUUCAUCACAAGUACGAGAAUGGCAUUUCAUUACGAGAAAGUGCCUAAGCGAAUUGUUUUGUAUGUUGAGAGGGGUAAGGACGGCCAUGCGACACCGUUGGAUCAUGUUGAGAUUACGGACUUCAGCUGCGGUCACUAUCACACAGUCGCAAUUGACAGUAAGAAUCGUGCGUUCUCUUGGGGAUUCGGUGGGAUCGGUCGUUUGGGGCACAACGAGCAGCGCGAUGAGCUAGUGCCGCGUCUUAUCAAGUUUCUGGAACCGCCCAGUCGCGGCGUCCGUGCGGUGCACUGUGGCAGCACGUACAGCAUCGCGAUCAACGUACACGGUUCCGCCCUGAUGUUCGGUCAGACUAAGCGCACCGGUGAGGCCAACAUGUAUCCCAAACCGAUUCAGGAUCUAUCUGGUUGGGAAAUUCGAUGCGUUGGUUGUUCGCAGACAAGCGUGGUAGUUGCGGCUGACGAUUCCGUUAUCGCCUGGGGCCCCAGUCCUACGUUCGGAGAAUUGGGUUUCGGUGAAAUGCGAAAGUCAUCGACGACUCCGAUGGAGGUGAAAGCCUUGGAAGGUUUAUACAUUACUGCCGUUACAUGUGGUCUGUCUCAUACGCUUAUGAUCUGCCGAGAUGAUACUGAGGAGGAAAGAGCCAAGAUUAGUAAGCUUCAGGUGUACUCCGUUUAAAAUGUAUUCUCCGACCCGCGUAAAUGGGUUUCUACUGCGUCACUAUUGCAGAUGAUCGAAUCGGAAUGGGAAUUCUUAUUUCCCUUCAAUAAGCUACAACUACGUUUUAACGAAUUUUAAUAAAAUAAUCCGAGAACGAUAACAAUAGAUCGCCACAAAACGUCCAGAAGAGAUAUAUAGGGUUAGAUAUUGCUCUACUUUGUACUUCCAGUUUUUACUUAACACACAAAUGAAAGUCGAUUUGUAAUAUUUGAGACCCAUUCUGUUAGCAGCUCAGGAUAAUAGACCAAACAAGAUAGAUGCAAAAAUAUAUUUUGAUACGUUACUAUUUUAUUAAAGUUUGCUGUAAUUUUCAUCGAAAUGGAGAUAGAUUAUUCGUAGAGAUGCUGAAGAACUGGAAAGAGAACUUGUAGAAAUCAGCAGUAACUGCCUUUAUUUUUAUCGCUUUCUUAAUCCAUUUACCUGUUCAAAUAGUUUAUAUCAUUGAUUCAUCACAGCAGUACCUGAAUCAUUACAUCUGCAGGAAUCGUUUUUUACAUAUACAGGGAUAAUCUCUGUAAUAGGAUUAAUGCGAGUGAACCAUCAUUCAAUUAGAUAAUAUUUUAACGGUUGUAUGUGAAUUAAAUUUUGGUUUGCGUUUUAUUAACUUUAUAGGAAAAUAAUUUAACUUUUUAAUGUUAAUUUUAAAUUAAAACAUGUUACUUAGAAAACAUGUAACUUUAUUUCUAAUAUAAGUUUUUUUAAUAUAUGUAAAGUGAAUUUCCAUUUAUAAUAUCAUAUAUUGUAAAGUGAUAAAAAAGGGAGCUGUGGAAUUCUUUUUAGCUGGAUUAGAGAAAAAAUUCAUCAAAUUCAGGCGACUGACAUAUUUCGAAUUUUAAGAUUUUUUCCAAGAUGAAUUUUAUAACACAUGGUACAUUAUUGUAGAUGCGUUAAAGAAGCUUGGUCGAGUACACAAUAAAAUAGAACUCCGAUCACUGCCAGAAUGUAUUACGAAUAUCUCUCAUUGUGAUGACAGACAUUCAUUCCAUUCCGUUCCAUGUAAUACUCUCGUGCGAUUUCUGCACCGAAAUAUUCUUCUGAUAAACUUGAGAUGAAUGUACAAGUCCAAUUAUAAAAUAAACGAAUUUUUUAAG